AAGGGAAAUUUUACUGUACCAAUGGGGUCUCCAUGGACAUUUAAAUUCUCCCCGCAAUAACUAUAUAUAUAUUUAUACUAACCAAUUAUCCAGUAUUUUGUUUAAAUUUCAAAUAAUUUUACUUUAGUUAUCAUCUCUCCAUUUACUAAGAUCAAUUCUUUUAGUUUAUUUAUUUAUUGUUGGUGUAUAAAUUACUUGUUGAUCAAUUAAUUUAUUCAUUAUUCAUUAUUCAUAAUUCAUAAUUGAUUUGAAAUUUUAUCAGUGUCAAAUUUUAAAUUUUUAAAUUUUAAUUAUCACUAUCAUUUUCAUUUUCAGUGUCUCUCAAUUUCUUGAAUUUAAUUAAUUGAGGAUUGUAUUGUAUUUGAUAUUUUAUCUAUAGCGAAGAGAGAAAAAAGAAGACUAGAUGUCGGAAUUAUCAUUUAAAGAUAAAGUUGUUGUCAUUACCGGUGCCGGUGGUGGUUUAGGUAAACAUUAUUCUCUUGAAUAUGCCAAAAGAGGUGCCAAAGUUGUUGUUAAUGAUUUAGGUGGUAGUUUAGGUGGUCAAGGUGGUGAUGCUAAAGCUGCUGAUAUUGUUGUUAAUGAAAUUAGAGCUGCUGGAGGUAUUGCUGUAGCUGAUUAUAAUAAUGUCCUUGAUGGAGCUAAAAUUAUUGAAACUGCCGUUAAAAAUUUUGGAACUGUUCAUAUUGUUAUUAAUAAUGCUGGUAUUCUUAGAGAUGCUUCAUUUAAAAAGAUUACUGAUAAGGAAUUUCAAUUAGUUCUUGAUGUUCAUCUUAAUGGUGCAUUCCAAGUUACUAAAGCUGCUUGGCCUUAUUUCAGAAAGCAAGAAUAUGGUAGAAUUAUAAAUACUUCAUCUCCUGCUGGUUUAUAUGGUAACUUUGGUCAAUCUAAUUAUUCUUCGGCUAAAUCUGCUUUAAUUGGAUUUGCUGAAACUUUAGCUAAAGAAGGUGAAAAAUAUAAUAUUAAAGCUAAUGUUAUUGCUCCAUUAGCAAAAUCAAGAAUGACUGAAACUAUUUUACCUCCACCAGUUUUAGAAAAGUUGAGUCCACAAAAGGUUGCACCUCUUGUUUUAUAUUUGACUCAUGAUUCUAAUGAAGUUUCUGGACAAAUUUUUGAAGUUGCUGCUGGUUUCUAUGCUCAAAUUAGAUGGGAAAGAUCUGGUGGUGUUUUAUUUAGACCAGAUGAAACAUUUACUGCAGAAGCUGUUGCUAAAAGAUUUGAUGAAAUUUUGAAUUUUGAUGAUUCUGCUAAACCAGAAUUAUUAAAGAAUCAACAUCCAUUUAUGUUGAAUUCUUAUGGUGAAUUGAUUAGUGCUGCUAAGCAAUUACCAAAGAAUGAUUUAUCUGGUGCUCCAUCUGUUUCAUUAAAGGAUCGUGUUGUUGUAAUUACUGGUGCCGGUGCUGGUUUAGGUAAAGAAUAUGCUAAAUGGUUUGCCAAGUAUGGAGCUAAAGUUGUUGUUAAUGAUUUUAAAGAUGCUUCUCAAACCGUGGCUGAAAUUAAGGCUGCUGGUGGUGAAGCUCAUGUUGAUCAUCAUGAUGUUGCUAAAGAUGGUGCAGCUAUUAUUGAAAAUGCCGUUGCCAAAUAUGGUACCAUUGAUAUUUUAGUUAAUAAUGCUGGUAUUCUUAGAGAUAGAUCAUUUGCUAAACUUUCUGAUCAAGAAUGGAAUCUGGUAUUAGCUGUUCAUUUACUUGGUACUUAUACUUUAACUAAGGCUGCUUGGCCACAUUUCCUUAAACAAGGUAGAGGUAGAGUUGUUAAUAUUACUUCUACUUCAGGUAUUUAUGGUAACUUUGGUCAAGCCAAUUAUGCUUCUGCUAAAUGUGCUAUUUUAGGUUUAACUAAGACUUUGGCUAUUGAAGGUGCUAGAAGUAAUAUUAAAGUUAAUGUUGUUGCUCCUCAUGCAGAAACUGCUAUGACUUUAACUAUUUUUAAUGAAACUGAUAAAAACUUGUAUCACCCAGAUCAAGUUGCUCCAUUAUUAGUAUACUUGGGAUCUGAUGAUGUACCAGUUACUGGAGAAACUUUUGAAGCCGGUGGUGGUUGGAUUGGUAAUACCAGAUGGCAAAGAGCUAAGGGUGCAGUUUCUAAAGAUGAUCUUGUUAAGCCUGAAUUUGUUCGUGACAAUUUGGCUGCUAUUACUGAUUUCUCUAGUGGAACUGCUAAUCCUAAAUCUGCCACUGAAUCUUCUAUGGCUAUCUUGGAAGCUGUUGAACCAGAAGAAGAAGAAGAAGAAGAAGACGAAGAAGAUGAUGAAGAAGAUCCACUCUUUGUUUAUGGUGAUAGAGAAGUUAUUCUUUAUAACAUUUCUCUUGGUGCUACUGAAAAGGAAUUGAAAUAUGUUUAUGAAAAUAAUGAAGACUUCCAAGUUAUUCCAACUUUUGGACAUUUGGUUACUUUUAAUUCGAUUAAAUCUCAACUUUCAUUUGCUAAAUAUUUGAGAAAUUUCAAUCCAAUGUUUUUAUUACAUGGAGAACACUAUAUUAAGAUUGAAAAAUGGCCAGUUCCUCUUUCUGGUAAAUUAAAGACUACUUUUAAUCCACUUGCUAUUACUCAAAAGGGUACUAAUACUAUUGUUGUUCAUGGAUCUAAAUCAGUUGAUGCUGAAACUGGUGAACCAGUAUUUUCAAAUGAAGGUACCUUUUUUAUUAGAAAGUGUGAAGGUGAUACUAAAACUUAUGGAGAAAGAAGAAAAUUUGCUACUUUACCAUUUAAUGCACCAAAUAGAAUACCUGAUUUUAUUACUGAAAUUCCAAUUCCUGAAUCUAAGGCUGCUUUAUAUAGAUUAAAUGGUGAUAGAAAUCCUUUACAUGUUGAUCCAGUAUUUGCUCAAGGGGCUAAAUUUGAUAAACCAAUUUUACAUGGUAUGUGUACUUAUGGAUUAUCUGCUAAAGUUUUAUUAGAUAAAUUUGGUGCCUUUGAUGAAAUUAAAGCAAGAUUUACUGGUAUUGUUUUCCCAGGUGAAACUUUAAGAGUUUUAGCUUGGAAAGAAGGUGAAACUGUUAUUUUCCAAACUCAUGUUAUUGAAAGAGGUACAAUUGCUAUUAAUAAUGCUGCCAUUAAAUUAAUCUCAGUUAAUGCAAAGAUUUAGGUUUAGUUAUCACUAUUUUUCUAUUAGUUUCUUUAUUUAUUUAUUAGCUUAUUAUGAUUUUUAAAUCUCUUAUAUCGGUAAAAUAAAUCCAUUAUAUUAUAUAUUAUU